AUGGAUGAGGCUGCGGCUGUACAGGGCCUCUCGCUCACACACCCCAAUGCAGCACAAUGGAACCACGAACUUAUGCUUGAAUUCCAAGCAGCACUCGAAAAAGAUCCAGCGGCGGACCUGAUGUCAAUUAUCUCUGAUUCAUAUAGACGAGAACAUCGAAAAGCUCAGUAUUGUGAGCUCUCUUAUGCAGCAAAAAUUAAUCUCAGAACAGUUGAUGAGCUCAGCGAUCAACUCAAGCACAAGCCAGAAGUCAACUUGCUGGAUGUGUUUCCAAAGAAUUAUGUUCGCAGGAUUAAAAUGGCGACUGCUGGCUGUACAGCACCGUCUGCGGAGGAUACUGAAAAACAGAGUCCUCCGGAGUUCCGCACACGUCUUGAUCUCGCUGACUCUGCCACGGUUGUCUUUCCAUUGUCCGAGACAGUUACCGCUCUUCUUGCGAGGUAUUCACACCCAGAGGAACCAGAUGAUGCAGAGCAAGCACUGAUUUCCUUCCUCAAACAACUGCUUUGGGACUCACCCAAACUCUGGGAAAGCCCCAUCAGAGGUGUGGUCGUCAAGUGCAAUGAGGAAGUCGUUGCCAAAGUGAUUACAGGUGAUAACAAUGACACCACAGAGUACACGACCAUGCAGUACCUCGCAGAACGCGCGCCCGACAUCCCAGCCCCCAAACCCCACGGCCUAAUCAGAUUCGGACCCUUUCGCGUGAUCUUCAUGUCAUAUAUUCCGGACAUGACAUUGGCGCAAGUCUGGUCCAGCCUAUCACCCAAGGAGAAAGUCUCAAUACAACAACAGCUAGAUGAUAUUUUCCGUAGAUUGAGGACCCUUCGCCAGGAGGAUGGCAAUGCACUUGGAGGUGUCAGUGGAGAAGGGGUGAAAGAGUACCGUGUCGAUGAAUGCGCCCGCUGGAAAGAUAUCACCACAGCCAGAGAGUUUAGCGACCUGCAAUUCUCCGCGCGCCAUCAUGGCAGCAAGACAUAUAUCAAAUUCCUCCGCUCUUUCCUCGAAGAUGAGAGUGCUACCAUGCGCGGAUCUGUGUUUACCCACGGUGAUGUCAGGAGAGAGAACAUUAUGGUGAAGCAGGAUCCAUAUAACAACAACACCUACAUGGUCACUGGUAUUAUCGACUGGGAAGAUAGCGGCUUUUAUCCCGAGUACUACGAAUGCACGAUGCUGACAUGUAAUCUGAGCCUGGUAGAUGAGGAUGACUGGUACCUUUACCUUCCAGAGUGCAUUUCGCCGUUGCGAUUUCCUGUGCGUUGGCUUGUUGAUCGGCUCUGGGAUAUUCACCUCAAAACUACAUAGUUGCCACAGUUGCAAGAUGACAAGAAGUUGCUGUGCGGUACUAUAACUGAAUGAGAGAGAACCGACUGAUGGAGGAUUAGGGUGGGGAAAACAUUUGUUGUCAUUCCACGAUCUGAUAUGGGAUCUUAACCUGUCAGCGGGAACUAAUGAUUUUUUCUAUAAAAAAAAGGGGGGUAAACUGUCGACAGAACCUCAAGGCUUGGCACAACUUCAGAACGCGUAGCAUGCCUGACCGAUUCAAUUUGGAAUUCUAGUAUGACAUUUUUGAUGUAUGUGUUUAAUGUAAAAUGUAAUUGCGUUUCUGCUUUCUCCACUACUGAAGGAGAGAAACUUUUGUUAGCAGUAGAGCGACCGGCUGAGGCCCUAUUUAUUAGAAUUCGAAAGAGCAGAAAGCCGGCUCGAACCGAGUUGUAAGAUGUUUGCAAACUGAGGAAUAGAUAAUUGAGAACCACGGGU